CCCUGCUGCGCGCUGUUUGUAGAACAAUUGUUUAUUCCAUAGUUUAUUUGUUCAUAUUCAAUCCUAUUCAUAUUUCUGUGUUCAAAACAGUUGUACAGUAUAUUCAGAAUAAUAAAGGAUAACCUAAUUAUACAGAUAUACUAUAAUUGUUCAGCUGAAUCACUUUAUCAAAUGAGCGGGAAAGGGAUCGCGUUGUAAUGACUGAAUCUGUCUUAUCAAUCCAUUUACGAUGACUGAUAAUUGUUUCGUGGAUAUUACGAUUGAAUUUCUAGCCGUUGCCUUCCACAACAUUCUGUAUUACGCCUCUGUUUAUCCGAAAAGUGUCUUCGAAACCAGAAAGAAGUAUAGCGUCGUUGUUUACCGCUGCAUACACCCAGAAGUCAAUCAAUACCUCGACCUGUGCCUCAAAAAUCUUGCAGAAUGCUUGAAGAGUGAGCAAUUGAGACGCGCACAGUUUUCCGUUACAGAUGAAAAGUACAAACCUGUGAUCAAUUUUGUUUUCGAUUUUGAGAAACAAAGACAGUCUGAUGAAAAUUCAGAUGCUUAUUUGAUUCAAGCUGAGCAAAAUCUGCGAGCUUUUUGUUUGAAUUUGGUCAGCAAUAGUGAGAAGUUCUUAGUCCCUGAUGACUGUAGCUUCACAAUAUUUAUACACACAAAUGAAUCUAAUGCUGUGGCAUUGGCAAAUAAUCCUGAAUUGGAGGACUUUCCUUUUGUUGAAGCUGAGGGUGCUGCAGAGGAGAUAAAUAAUAUUAUACCAUUAAGGAGAUUUAAUUUAAGAUCUUAUAAUAUUGACACCUAUAUAGAAAUUAAAUGAAAAUGCUUUUGUUGUAACUUA